GGCCGACGUCCGACCGGACGAAUUUCUUUUCUUUCUUGCAAGUCACGCAGGGGUCGAUGACCCCAAAGCUGGAACCCUGCCGGGGCAGCCUUGAGUGGAUACGUCAGCACAAAAAGCAGGCUAAGACACAGACAUAACAGCAAGAGUCACUGCGAUUUUACAGAAGGGGGAAUUCGUUUCGCUGUGUUAUCUCAGUGUGACCAGUUUGUGAGCGUGUCCGUUGGUUCACCAGUAACGUUAACGUUACUGCCCCAGAGACUGGAGUAACGACCACUUGUUGAUCUGUGACCACCAUGGCCCUGGAGGCGUUCCUCGACAUCCCCCUGACGUGGGUCCUUCUAACGCUACUGGGAGUUCUCUUUUACCUGUAUGCAGUGCGUCCCUUAUGGACCUUCAAGAACAUGGGUGUUCCAGGACCCACCCCUCUGCCCUUUGUCGGGACCCUGCUGCGAUGGUUCAAGGAUGGAAUCUGGAGUGCAGAGGGGUCGAGACGGCGUGUGCAGCAGUACGGUAAAGUGUAUGGGUUUUUCUUUGGAAGGACACCAACGCUCAUCAUAUCAGAUGGAGAAAUGCUCAGAGAGAUCUUUGUGAAAAAAUUUCAUGCCCUCACCGACCGCCAGACCGAUACACUGUCACUGGACACAAAACCCAGCGGCCGCAUGCUCAUCAAUCUGAGGAGUGAGGAGUGGAAGAAUGUAAGGAGCACCUUGAGUCCAGCCUUCAGCGGGGGCAAACUGAAGAUGAUGGGGCCAGCAAUAAACACCUGUGCUGACCAGCUUGUGCAGAAUAUUGCAAAGUUUGCAGGUACAGGGGAGUCCUUCGACACCAAAAAACUCACAGGUGCAUUUACUAUGGACGUCAUUGCCAGGACUGCCUUUGGUACUGAGAUCGAUUCCCAGCGCAACCCACAGGACCCUUUUGUCCUUAUGGGCAGGAAGGCUUUCAAUGUGGAGUUCUCAAGUCCAAUCCUUAUGUUGUUUGUCAUGUUCCCCUCCAUCAUGAAGCCCAUCAUGGAAUGGCUCAACAUCGACCUCUUCCCAAGAGAUGCCACCAGCUUCUUCUACAGCAUCUUUGACCAGCUCAUUGGGCUUAGACAGAAGAGUGCUGAGAAGGGACGAGUUGACUUCCUGCAGCUGAUGAUGGAUGCUCACAAAGAUGCAGAUGAGGAAGAAGAGGAUGGUGUCAAGUCGCAUGGGCAGAAACAUGCUCUGACCAGAGAUGACAUCGUUGCCAACGGCUUUCUCUUCUUUGUUGCGGGCUACGAGACAACUGCAAGUACGAUGGCCUUCGUGAUGUACAACUUUGCACUGAAUCAGGAAGAACAGGACAAGGCUAGGGAGGAGGUCAACAAGAUCAUGGAGGACAGAGACCUGGUUGACUAUGAGGCAGUGCAUGAGAUGUCGUACCUGGAGAUGUGCUGUAUGGAGACCCUGCGCUUGUACCCUCCUGCACCAAAUAUUGGCCGAGUGGUUUCUGAAGAGGUCAAAGUCCAGUGGCUGACCAUUCCCAAGGACAUGUUUGUCUUAGUGGAUGUCCUCGCCAUCCACUACGAUCCUGAACGCUGGCCAGAGCCAAACAAGUUUAUCCCCGAAAGGUUCACCAAAGAAGCGCGUGAGAAGCGGGAUCCAUACAACUGGCUGCCGUUCGGCGCGGGACCAAGGAACUGCAUCGGGAUGAGGCUGGCCAUGAUGGAACUGAAGGUCGGACUGGCCAAGAUCCUGAUGAAGUAUCGCUUCAUGACAGCUCCUGAUACUGAUAUUCCCCUGAAGAUGAAGAAGACCAACCAGUUUCCACUUCCCGAGAACGGCAUCCAUCUGAAAGUGGAGCUGAUUGACCAAGAUGAGAACUGACUCCAUCAAGCCCUUCUAAGUCAAUCACAAGAAAACUCUCUCCAACAUGAUCUCUUCAGUGUCACUGAUCAAACACACCAGAUGGUUGUCUGAAAUGUCUGACCGUUUCUAAAAUCAUAUCCAGUUGCUUGAGUAACUGCUUUUUGACGUAUAACUUAGAGUCAAAUACAUUCUAAUGUUACAGUAUCUUUGAUAUUAGUUUGUAGUCUGAUACUGCUGUAGCUAACCUAUAGCAGAUGAUACUUAGUACUGACAGUGAUCAUGAGUUUGUGAGUUAGCUGUUACACAUAUACCAAUGAAAUUUGUUUUCACAAGCUUAAAAUAACAUUAGAUCAUACAGAACUUUAUGCUAUGUAUACAUAUUCAUGUUAUGAGCUUGAGACUGAGUGUAUUCUUAUAUAUUGGGUUAUGUCCUUCGUCCUGAAUGCAUUGCCAUGAUUUCAUUUUGUACAGCAGUAUCAGUAAGAAUUUGUUGAUGGUGAUUCCAUGUUCGCUUUCGUGCCCUUUUAGAUUAUGAUAAGCCGUUUGGUUUCUUGUAUAUUGUAGCCUGACAGCUCAAAGUUGGUAUAGAGCGUAAUCGGUGUAUUGCAACAUUAAAUAAGUGUUAUUGACACCUGACCUGAGUGUAAAAUGAAGCUACAAUGCUGUGAUACAUUACUAAGUUGCUACAUUUCUAAAUUUAGCAUAGAGUGAUUAUGCUACCAUUGAAUGCACGUUUUAAGUUCCUCUACACAAUGUUCUAUGACUUUAUUCAUGUUACUAAUCAUGCCUGUAAGUAGCAUCAUCAUGAUAUUUGUACUUUGCCUUGCUUACCCAUUUGAGAACCCUAAUGUAGUUGUAUUAUAAGGUGGUACGUAAGGUAGGGACCAACAUUUGGAAGUAUAACCAGGUGAGGUGGAAUGGAAACCAAGAUAUAGAGAUGUAUUUAGCACAUUAAUUAUUUUGAAAGAUGUACACUAUACUUGUAAUGUUAGUAAGUAAAAAAAGUACCUUAAUUAUUCUGAUACAUUUACUUUUGCAGUGGCUUUGUCUAAGAAUAUUUGCUAGAAUAAAAAAUCUGAACACAGAGUAUAUAAAGGUAGCGGAUGCCUAUUCUUGUGCUUAUAACACCGUUAGAUAUUAAACACCAGGAAGCUUAGCUUUGCUUUAAUGAUUUCUUCACCUUUAGACUAUGAUUACUUGCAACACAACAUGUUCAAAAUAUAAUGUCCUGUUUUUUGGGUAUGAUUUACUUUGA